AUGGACCUUAAUCAACUUAAAGAGCAUGAUGUGGCACCAGCUAAGGCUUCCACGACUUCUGCCAAACCGGUCGCUGUUACCCCCAACCUAGUACCAAGUGAUGAGUCGGAACCUGUGGCCCAAAGCGCGACUACUGCCCCUCCAAUCGGCGAGGAGGAAAAAGGUCUUGAGAACCAAAACGCACCCGCACAACCAACCUCUGCACAACCAACCUCGUCCACGGAAAGUUUUUGGUCCGUGUUGGAGAGCGAGAUCAGUCAAACCACGCCUGGCCUGGGGCAAACCACACCCGUCGCAUCAUUACCUGUGUUGGUUGAUCACGAUAUGAAUCAAAGCACACCGGGCCCAUCCUUACUAUCUCGUUUUGGAUCACGCUCUGUAUCACCUAUGACCCGCAUAACUAAAUACAACAAGCGGCAGCAGCUUGACAACAGAGAAGCAGAAGGCUCAAACUCUAAGAAGCGUCGAAACAUCUGA